AACAUUUAUAUCAAGACUGUUUAAAAGUUGGCAGCCUUGGUGAAUAGUAAAUAACAGUGAAUAGGACAGAACAUAAAUACACAGAUCAAUUUAAUAACAGAUUGUCUCCAAAGAAUUAGAAUCAGGGUUGCCUGAACUGUCAAGGAAGACACAUCUAGCUCUCAGAUCAAUGCAGCAUGAAGUAGGAAUCAUCAGGGUUUUACAGCAUGAGAUUUUUGUUCUUUUGCAUAAUUAAAUUUUCCUUAAUUUUUGGAAUAUAAUCAAUGUGUAAUCAAUCUCCUAUUUCACCAGUUGCAAGAGCCAUAUUUACUCGCUCUCUAAUUCUCGUCACUUCCUAAUUAUCAUGCUCCAGUGCAACCGUGCUUCCAUGUUCUCUAAAUUAACCAUUUUUGACCAGUUAAGUUACAUAUUUGCAAAAUCUCCAUCACACCUGAACUUCACAGAUGCAGACACAUUGAGGUUUUCGAUGAACUUCAACUCCUUAGUUUUAUCAGUUUCCAACAAUACCUCCCUCUCAGGAUUAUAGAGGAUAUUGUAUACAAGAUGCCUUGCUUAGUAUUUCCCUUCUGCAAUCUUUCUCUGUGGGCUGAACCCGUUCCUUUACAUAGUUUUUAAACUCUUCUCAUGUACACAUCCUACCUUUGAAAUUCCUUGAGGGCAUCUUCGGUUUUGUACCCCAGUGCCCAGCCUGGGUAAGUAUCAGUGCUGCUGCUUCUCUUCUGGCUGAUUGCUGAAGGAGCUCAGGGAGGGUGAGAACAGAGUAUCUUAAUGAUACCUGUCAUUAACAGUGCUAGUUGGUUUUGUCCAGGUUGGCAAAUAAAAGCAAGAUUCGUUUUUAAUCCCUUAAAGAUUUUGUCACUGAAAGUUUGGCAGGGGCAGGUAGUAAAGGAGCAGAACAUUUGCCUAAAUGAUUAGCUCCAGAAAAAGAUGCUAGGCACAUUAAAGACAAGAACAGUAUGAGAGCCCCAGUAACUUCAGCCCUGAUCUCAGGUUCUAGCUAGGAGACCCUAGUGCCUCCUGGAUGAUCUCAGGUCACUGUACAUUUCCCUCAUUCUGACAUUUAAAGGAAAUUUCCCAAGCAGAAUUCAUCAUUCAAAUAAAUAGCUAGUAAUUAACAAGGGUUUAGGCAUUUACUUGCUAAAAGUGAAUGUAAUUUAACAAAGGCAUUUGUGCCAGUUCCGUCUUAGUUUGAGAGGAAGGUAAUAUUUGACUUAACUAAGAUGUUAUUUACAUAAAUGAGGGAAGAAAUUGAUAUAGCGGACAAAAAAUAAAUAAAGAGUUUUAUAAAAGACAUUGACAUGCAGCUUUGAGAGCCACAUUUAUUUUACAAGUAGCAGAAAUCUAAAACUUGCUUCUAAUAAGCUAGGGGAAAAACACUAAAUAUGACAAAACUGUACCCUUUGGUACUCAUAAAUGAUUAAUAAAUGAAACACAAACAGUCUGUGAUGGAUCAAAACUACAACAAAAGAAGCAAGCUACAAAAAUGUUAUACUGCCAUUGUUUAUUUUAGUAUUACAAAAGAUAACUGCUAGCAGAUUAGCUAAUCUUCUUAUAAUUCAUCCAUAUACUGUUUGGAUUUCAUGUCAUAGACUUACAUUUUAUUUAUAAUUUUAAUUGUACAGUUUUACAGUAUAUUACUUCAAAUGUCUUGUGCAUGUAAAAGACAGUAUAGACAAAUAUGCAUAAAUGAAAGUAAUUGGGCCAGGCGCAGUGGCUCACGCCUGUAAUCCCAGCACUUUGGGAGGCCGAAGCGGGUGAAUCACCUGAGGUCAGGCAUUCAAGAUCAGCCUGGCCAACAUGGUGAAACCCUGUCUCUACUAAAAAUACAAAAAUUAGCCCGGUGUGGUUGGGAGGCACCUGUAAUCGCAGCUACUUGGGAGGCUGAGUCAGGAGAAUCACUUGAACCUGGGAGGCAGAGAUUGAAGUGAGCCGAGAUCUGCCACUGCACUCCAGGCCUCCAGGCAUGGGGUGACAGAGUGAGACUCCGUCUCCAAAGGAAAAAAAAAAAAAAAAAGAAAAGAAAAAAAGAAAAGAAAGUAAUUGUACAAGGGUAGUGAGAUUGAUUAUAAUUGACUUUUCAAGAGUUAAUGACUGGGAAUUUUCUAAACUCAGGAUUUCUAAAGAGUCAGAAAUCCUGAGUCCCAAGUAGGAUAAGUAAAAAGAAAUCUACAUUUAAGCAAAUUCUAAUAAAACUGCUUUAAAAUCAAAAUAUAGAGAGAUAAAUGUUAAAAUCAUUCAGAUUUUAGAAAACAAAUCACUUUCAAAGGAGCAACAAUUAGACUAAUAGUGGAUUUUCCAACAGAAAUAAUGGAAGCUAGAAGUCAAAGGAAGUAACAUAUUGAUACUACAGAAAUAAAAUAGUUUUAUACUGGGCAAAAAUAUCCUUCAGGAAUAAAGUCAAGUAAAGACAUUUUCAGGCAAAUAAAAAUAAAAUAAUUUGUUGCCAGCAGACUGAGCAGUUAAGGAAAUACCAAAUGUACUUCUUCAGGCAGAAAGAAAAUGACCACAUAAAGUCUGAAAUGCAAGAAGUAAUGAAGAGCAAUGAAAAUGUAAAUAUGUGGAUAUAUCUAAGUGUAUAUAACUUUAUUAAACAAUAACAAUUGUGUGUCAUGGGGUAAAAUAAAAUACAUGACAACAAAGACAUACAAUUCUUAAGAAGGGAAAAGGAGGUAAGUGUCCUGAGCUUUUUGCAUUACCCAGAGAGUAAAGGUGACAAGUAACAGUAGGCUUUAAGGAAUCAAGAAUAUAUACUGUAAUCUCUAGUAUAACUACUGAAAGAUUAAUAAAAGAACGUAUAACGGACCAAUCCAGUAGAGGGAGAAUUAAUAUCAGACUUUAAGGCAAAACACAUUAUUAGAAAUAAUGAUACUACAUAAUGAUAAGAUAAUUUAAUUAAUCAAAAGAUAAUUUUAGAUGUGUUUGCAUUCAAUAGGGUCUCAAAAAUAUAUAAAGAAACAUAUAAAGAAAAAAUUUACAGACCUACAAGGAGAAAUAAACUAGAGUCAAUGAUGAAAUUGAUUUUUAACACAAUUCUCUCAGUAACUCUUAUAACAAGGAGAUAAAAGUAAGGAUAGAGAUAUGAAUUGAUCUAAUGAACACAUAUGUAGAAUACUAUAUCUAACGAGGGCAGAAUCAAAUAAAUUGUUCAGAUCCUAUGUGAUAAUGCAAGUCUCUACAUAUUUUAAAAGAAUGAAAUAAUACAGAAUAUGUUCUCUGACCACAAUACAACUAAGUUAGAAAUCACUAACAAAAGGAUUUUUUAAAAAUCAUGCUUGGAAAUAAAGUACUAUACCUUUAUAUAACACAUGGGUCAAAAAAGAAAUAAAAAUAUAAGUUAGAAAUUAUUUUCAAAGAAUAAUGAAAAUAUGACAUAUCAAAACGUUCAAGAAGUGCAAGGGGAACUUCACAUUUUAACUGUAUACAGCGUAUUAUAUAAAAAAAGGAAGGGCUUUAAAAAUUGAUGAGUUAAGAGUCUAUCCAAGAAGAUAGAAAAAUAACAGUAAAUUAAACUCAAAGAAAGCAGAGAGAAGGAAAUAAUAAAGUUAGAACAUAAAUUAAUAAGAUAAAAUAUAUUGGAUUCAUCAGCUUCCUUGGUGAAACUGUUCAAGGAAAACAAGAAAAGAAACAACCAAUGUCAGGAAUGAAAAAGAAGACAUUACUACAGGUCCUGCAGACCUAAAAAAUCAUUAAAAAAUGUUUUAAACAACUUUAUAAAACAAUAUUUUAAAAUAUAAAUAAAAUGGAUAUAUUCCUUGAAAAAUACUUCAAGUAAAGGAACAGAAUAGAGAAUUUGAAUAAUCCUUCAACUAUUUUAAAAAUUAAAUAUAUAAUUUAGAAUGUUACAAUAAAGAAAACUCCAGGCUCAGAUGGCUUCUAAGAAACAUUCAAGGAAGAAAUGGUAAUCUUACACAAACCCUUUAAGAGUAGGGGAAAAACAGCUACCAUUUGCCAACUCAUAUUAAGAGGCCAGAACAACUCUAAUACAAAAGCUGAGAGGAAACUCCAAUAAAGGAAAAUUUCAGGCUAGUCUCAUUCAAGAAUUUAGAUGCAAAUAUCCUGAAAAUAAGAUUAGCAGAUUUACCCACUAACACUGAAACGACAUGUGGGUGACGAACUCAGUCUCAGCUGGACAGCCAGAGCCACAUUUUACCCACUCUUUUUUUCCUGAACUUCAGAAGAUAGUCUAUAUUCAGUUUUUGGCAACUUUGUUAAUAAACUGAUAUUACCAAACCACAUCUAGUAAUAUAUAAAAAGGAUAAUCCAUGUUGGACACAUUCCAGAAUGUAAGCUUGGGUUAAGAUUUGAAAAUCAAUGCAAUUCAUCACAUUAACAGAGUAAGAGAAUCACAUAAUUAUUUCAGUUGAUUUCAAUAGAUGAUGUUAAUAAAAUUUAAAUCAAAUAUAUGCUAAAAACUCUUAGCAAACUAGGACUAGAAAGGAAUUUUCUGAAUCUGAAAAAAGAUAUCCCCCAAAAGGACCUUCAGCAAAUAUCAUGCUUAAUGGUGAAACACUGAAGCUUUCCCUCUGACACUGGGACCAAGACAAGGUGUAUGAGCCCCCUAGGGCUGCUGUAACAAAGUACCACAAACUGGGUGACUUCAAACAAGAGAAAUGCAUUGUCUCACAGUUCUGGAAACUAGCAGCUGAGAUCAAGGUGUUGGCAAGGCCAUGCUGUCUUUGAAGGCUCUAGGGGCAAAUCCUUCCUUGCCUCUUCCUAGCUUCUGGGGGUUGCCAGCAAUCUUUGGCAUCCCUUGUCUUGUAGAUACAGCACUCCAAUCUCUGCCUCCAUCCUCAUAUGGUGUUCUCUGUGCGUGUGUCUAUGUCUGUUCCCUUUUUAUGAGGACACAAGUCAUAUUAGAGUAGGGCAAACCCUACUCCAGUAUGAUUUCAUCUUAACUUGAUUACGUCUGCAAAGGCAGUCCAAAUAAGGUCACAUUCACAGAUACCAGGGUUUAGGACUUCAAUAUAUCUUUUUGGAGGAUAAUUCAGUCUACAAUACAAGGACUCCCACUGUUGCCACUUCCUUUUGUACUGCAGAUCCCAGCCAGUGUAAAAAGGCCAAAAAAGAAAUACAAAAUGUAAAGAUUAGGAAAGAAGAAAUAAAACUGUCAUUAUUCAUGGAUGACAUAAUUGUCUAUGGAGAAAAUCCUAAACAAUUCACAGAUAAAUCAUUAGAAUAUGUUUAACAAGGUUGGUAUAUACAAAGUUAAUAUAUAAAAUUAAUUUUACUACAAUACAUGACAAUAGCAUAAAAAACUUAGAAAUCAAACUAAUAAAAUACGUGUAAGACCUCUGGGCAGAAAGCUAUAAAAUCUUAUUGAGAGAAACCAAAGAAGACUUAAAUAUGCUAUGUUCAUGAAUUAGAAGACUCAGUAUUGUAAAUUUGCCAAGUCUUAAAUGGUCUACAGAUGCAGUGCAAUCCCCAUCAAAAUCUCAGUGUGUGGAAACUGACAGGCUGAUUCUCAAGUUAUAUGGACAUGGAAAAGCUCAAGAACAGCCAAGAAUUUGUUGAACAAAGCUAAGAGGGUAUGUAUUACUGAAUAUGAAGAGUUAUUAUAAAGCUAUUUUAAUGAAGACAAUGUAGUAUUGGCAUAAAGACAUACAAAUAGGCCAAUGGGACAGAUAGGGUGCCCACAAACACACCUAUGCAUACAUGGGCACUUGCUCUAUGACAGAAGAACAGUAUGGAGCGGUGAGUUAAAGGGGAGAAUUUUCAAUAAACUGUACUGAAAUAAAUGAAUAUUCUUAUGAAAAAAAUGAAUUUGCUUCCUACUUUGUAUUAGCCACCAAAAUAGUUAUAUGCAAAAAUAUAGAUGAAUUUCACAAAAAUUUAAGCAAAAAGAAAUACAUAUGGUAAUGCCCUAUUCAAAUAAAAUUAAAACAAAAUUAAACUAUAGUACAAGAAAAGUCAGGACUGCAGUUAAUUUGGGCAGAAAAAAGUGUUCGUAACUGGCAGAGGGUAUAAGAGGAGUUUCUAGGGAGCUGGGAAAGAUUUCAUUUCUUUGCCUAGAGGGUGAGAUGGUGGUAGCAUAAAAAGUAGUUGGACACAUUCAUUCAUUCAACAAAUAGUUAUUGAGAAAUCACUAUAUAUCAGGCAUUGCACUAGAUAUGGGUCAUCAAAGGGGAAUAAACAUAGGCCUGAUCCCUGCCCUGGCCGUGCUUACUUCUGAUAGCAGACAGACAAAAACAAUUAAUGAACACAGAUAAAUAUAUACAAUCACCUCACAGUCACCUCGUAGGGUAAGUGCUCUGAGAGAUACCCUUGUCUUGCUACACAAGGGGGACUCUUUCCUUAUUGGGGGUGGGGAUGAAGAGGAAAGCCAUUAGGUCUUUCACUGGACUGAAUCAUAAAAAUAGCUCAGAAUUGCAUUUCUCCUUUUUCUCACCCCAAAGAAGUAGUGGUUACUCCUUUUAUCUCUAAUGGUUCCAAUGUCAUUUUAGAUCUACACUUAGGUACACCUAGGAAUCCCAUCUGACAUUUAGAAAUUCCAUCUCUUAAUCCGAGGAAAAUCUUGGCUUGAAAGUAAUGGCACCAGCCCCUUAAAAUGGCACCUAUGUGCGAAUACCACUAAUUUUUAGUUAAUUUUAGGGCUGUUACUCUAAAACAAAAAAGUUCUUUUGAAAUUCUAAUUCAAAAAGCAAUGAGUUUUAAAAUAACUCUUUCCAUGUUAUAAAAUACUUAUAUGCUCAUUGUAGAACAUCUGGGAAAUCAGAAAACUGUAAAAAAAAUUUUUUAAACCCUCAAAAAUCCAUAAGUCUAUCAAUAGCUAUCAAUUCUAUCUAUAGCUACUGUAAACGUUGUGGUACAUCUCUUUCAAUAUUUAAGGGCCUUGAUAGAUUUAUUUUCACGGUUGAGAUCAGAAUUUCUUUGUGGUUUUGCAACCCGAAUUUUCCAUUUAAAAAUAUAAUAAGAACUUACUUCCCCAGUCAUUAAUCUUCCUAAACAUAAUUCUUAAGUUUGUAAAAAUUCCAUCCUACAGAUACACCUAAAAGUCAGUUUAUUUACUUUGUUUCCCCAGGAAAGAAUCCUACAUGACCAUGGUUCUGGGCCCGUGUAAGUGCUGCCUUGUGAACAGUGUAGAUAAGAUCACAGAAUCAUCCUCCAAAUAAAGUACUUAAAGCCAAUGUAAAAGUUUUUCGAAGGCAAAGGGGCACUGUGAAUCCAGCAUUUUCCAGUGUUCCCUAGACGUGAAUCAUCUCAAAGAGAGGCCAUUAUUCGAGUGCAACAGGGCUCCACUCCUCCAGCGGUGUCAAAGUUCUGCUAAGCGUCCAAAACCUAGCAAAAGGUUCCAAUGGGCCAUUGGAACUCGGCGGCCGCGGCGGAGGCUGCUCCCAAGGCGGCAGCAAUCACACCGGGACCGGCCGCAGAGUUCCCAGUCCCGCGGAGCGCUAGCUGCCGGGCGGACGCGGAAGCCCGAGAGUCCUGGUCUUCCCGUCCAAGUUUAAUCCGCGCCUACGCGGUAAAUUCCCGGAGGUGCUCCCAGCCUAGCCCGCGGCGCCCGGCUCCGCGCCUGGGCAACCCGGGCUCCCUCCCGUCCCUGGCGCCCUCCGCACCCGCCUACGGCGCGGCGGUCGAGCCCUGGCUGCGCCCUGUGGGCGCGCUCCUCCGAAUCCCAAGUUCGGGUCGCGAGUCUGAACUUGGGAGGAACGCGCCCCGGGUCCCCGCCCUUCCCGAUCCCCAUCCCCCGCAACCGGGAGCGCGCAGGCGCAGCCGGCCGGGAGUCCCGUCAGCUGUCCCAGAGCCUGUGUCGCGCUCGUGCCGGUAGCGCCCGUGCCGGUAGCGCCGCUGCCACCGCUCACCAUGGGCCCGGGUCCUCGGCUGCUGCUACCUCUCGUGCUUUGCGUGGGGCUCAGCGCACUUGUGUCUUCUUCGGGGGCCGAGGGCUUCCGCAAGCGAGGCCCCUCGGUGACGGCCAAGGUCUUCUUUGAUGUGAGGAUUGGAGACAAAGAUGUUGGCAGAAUUGUGAUUGGCCUCUUUGGAAAAGUUGUGCCCAAGACAGUGGAAAAUUUUGUUGCUCUAGCAACAGGAGAGAAAGGAUAUGGAUAUAAAGGAAGCAGGUUUCAUCGUGUCAUCAAGGAUUUCAUGAUUCAAGGAGGUGACAUCACCGCUGGAGAUGGCACUGGGGGUGUGAGCAUCUAUGGUGAGACAUUUCCAGAUGAGAACUUCAAGCUGAAGCACUAUGGCAUUGGGUGGGUCAGCAUGGCCAACGCUGGGCCUGACACCAAUGGCUCUCAGUUCUUUAUCACCUUGACCAAGCCCACCUGGUUGGACGGCAAACAUGUGGUAUUUGGAAAAGUCAUUGAUGGGAUGACAGUGGUGCACUCCAUAGAGCUCCAAGCAACUGAUGGGCAUGACCGUCCACUCACCAACUGCUCGAUCGUCAACAGUGGCAAGAUAGACGUGAAAACGCCUUUUGUGGUUGAGGUCGCUGAUUGGUGACACAACUGGCAGAAAACAAGGAUAUGCUUUGGCAGGGGUGUGUGUGUGUGUGUGUGUGUGUGUGUGUGGUGUGUUGUCUUUCAAUUAUUUGCUUUUUUUUUUUUACUUUCUUUUUGUAUUCUAUCCCAGAUCACAGGAAAGUUAUAAAAAUCAAACCGUCACCCUUUAGUUUGCUUGAACUUUAGUAAACCACCUGCUUAGGGACUUUGAACUUAAAUAUAUCCCCUUCCUCAAGUGGUGCUAUUUUAAAACUAAAAAAAACUUUGAAUUGGCUACUUUUUUAAGCAAUAUUUUUUUUCUGAAUUCAUUAUGAUCCCCAUAUUGGGUAAUGCUGAACAUUUAUCUGAAACAGAUGAGGAUAUUAAGUUUAUUAUUUUGUAUCCAAACAGAAAUUCAGAUAAAGGGAAAUUUGACUAGUGUAAUCUGAGAUAUGUCAUAGGGAUUUCUUUCUGACAAAAGUGUGCUUUGCUGUUCUUUAUAUUAAAUACUUUUAGAUCAA